AUGCCGAUUCCCCGUCCCGCCCUCCUCCCCACCCUUCUUCUCCUCCUCCUCCUCCUCGCCCUUGCGCUAGCACACGGCUCCCUCCUUCAUCACGACCACGAGCACCAUGGGUCCCACGACCACCAUGACGCCGACAGUUCCCACCACUCCCAUGCCCACGCUCAUGCUCACGACCACGCCCACGACCACGCUCACGACCACGCCCACGACCACGACCACGACCACGACCACGACCACGCUCAUGACCACGCCCCCAAUCCCCUGACCACGCGUCUCCACGACCUCCUCGACCCUCUCCACACGCUCCCACCCGCGACUGCCGCACUGACCGCCUCGCUCCUCAUCUCCUCUCUCUCGCUCACCUCUCUCCUACUGCUCCCUCUCACGCCGCUGCUCCCGCUGCUCCUUCCAUUCGCAGCCGGCGCGCUUCUCGCCGACCUCUUCUACCAUCUCCUCCCGCACGUCUACCUGCACCCGACCGCGUCCACGGCCCCGACCCUACUCCUCUCUGUCGCCGUCUUCGCGCUCCUCGACGCCGUGAUCCGCCGCGUCCACCCGCACUCGCACGCGGCUCCGGCCUACAUCAACCUCGCCGCUGACGCGCUGCACAACUUCUGCGACGGCCUGGCGCUCGCCGCCGCCUUCCUAGUGAGCCCCGCGGCCGGCGUCGCCACCACCGUCGCCAUCGCGCUGCACGAAAUCCCACAGGAGAUCGCCGACUACGCCGUCCUGCUGCGCGCGGGCUUCUCCAAGCCGCGCGCGCUGCUGGCAAACCUCGCUUGCGCUGCCACCGCGCUUGUGGGUACCGCCGCAGCCCUGUUCGCCGCCGCCUUGGUGGAGAAGGCCGACGAGGUCGUGCCACCGUUCGCGGCCGGCGCGCUUGUGUAUAUGACCUUUGCGACCGUUGUUCCGGAUGUCAUAGAGGACCUUUGCAGGCCGCAAAAAGUGGAGGGGGAGCACGGGAAGGACGAGUCUGUGCCAGUGCCGUGGACAACGUUUGUUAAGAGGCUCGUUAUGGCGUUUGUUGGCGCCUGUGGGGGUGUGCUUAUCGUUCAGCUGGUUGAGACUACACAUCAGCAUUAG